AUGCUUCGGUUUGUGUUGGUACUGAAUCGGCAAGGGAAGCUACGGCUGGCCAAGUACUAUGUGCCUUGCAGUGAGUCGGAAAAGGCCGACUUGCCGAUCGAAGUACAUCGCCUCAUUGCUACGCGCGAUCAACGAUCCCAAAGCAACUUUGUCGAGCAUCGCUCCAACAAGAUUGUGUACCGACGGUAUGCGGGUCUAUUUUUCUGCGUAUCUGUGGACAUGUCGGACAAUGAACUGACCUACCUGGAAGCCAUCCACCUGUUUGUGGAGAUCUUGGAUGGCUACUUUGGCAACGUGAACGAAAUGGAUUUGGUGUUUCACUUCUACAAGGUGUAUGCCAUUCUGGACGAAGUGUUCUUAGCGGGCGAAAUUCAAGAGACGAGCAAAAGCAAUGUGCUUCACAGGAUGGAGCAGCUGGAGCGGUUAGGCUAA